AUGUUAAGAUCUUUAAAAAAAUUUAAUAAAAAGGAAAAAGACAAUUUAUGCCUUUAUCCUGGUUGCAAAAACAAAGUUAAAAGUGGCAGAAAUAGGAUCGACUAUAAUUAUUGCAGCAUUGCCUGCCAAAAUGCAAGUUUUCAAAAUGACGAUACAGAGUUUUUGAACGAAGAGUAUGAAAUUGUACCGGAGAGUUAUAAUGUGGAUACAACAGAAACGCAGAAAUGGUCACAGCAACCACAUACUAAUUCUGUGAUAUCUGAAUCCACUUCGCAACCUUCUCAAAGUUCUAGUGAUGCUGACCAAUGGUCAAGAAACCCAUUUAGACUAUUGCAACAAUCUUCUUAUUCUCGCCCGUCUCAACAAGGGUAUACAUCGACAAAUAAUUAUUAUACGUCCUCGAAGCAACCUGAGUCAAAUUUUUCGAUUUGGUCAAACUCUGCCGUUGAACAAGAUGACUUAACAUUUUCACCAUUUGCACAAACUUCAAACGGUUCUGAAGAAAAGACGAAGGAAGAACCUGUGCAGAAUCAACAGUUUAACCAUUGGGUUGAAGAGGAAGAAGAUGAUUUGUUUGUAGAUCUUCCUAUUAAUUAUGUUCGUAACAAUCCUCCAGUUCAGAAAACGCGUCAAUUCCAUUCAUUUUCACAGCAAUCAAUGGAUGCGGCGAUUCGAUGCUCUGCUUGUUCUUAUCUUAAUAAUCCCAUUUAUUCUCAAUGUGAAAUGUGUUAUUCGCCUAUUGGAGAUUUAGAAUUUUUAAAUGUACCUGAUACGAAUAUGCGACAGUGUCCUGUAUGUACAUAUUAUAACCAACAAACAAUGAUAGAUUGUGAAAUGUGUGGUAAUUAUUUACAAGAGUUUGAAGUAAGAUUGAAUACAAGAAUGACAGCCUUGGAGCCAACAAGUGCUCUAUAUAUUGAGAUAUAUGGAAGAUUUGCGGCAACUAUGCCAAAUGCUCGAGUUCUAGCCAUUAUUCGUAUGCAAAUGCCGACGAGGCUUGUUGAAGCUCACGAAAAAUAUAAGAACAACAUGGCCCGACGAUCUCCUCAACGUACCGCGGCUAGUGUAACCUUCAAAAUGUUUCAUGGAACUAAAUGUCUUUGUAAUCCAGCUCGUUAUAUUGGUACUGAUCAAUGGACUUAUUGUCCUACUAAUAGUAGAUGUGGAAAUGGAAAUUCUUCUACGUUUGGAAAAUGUGGUGGAGGGCGAAUGUGGUUUGCCCAAAAUUCCAAUAUUUCGUUCGGCUAUUGUAGCAACACACAGAUUAAGACUAUGUAUACUGUUGAUGUCGUUUCUAUAGCGCCACCGAAUUCAUCAAUUAUCAUUGUUGAUAAAAAUGAAGCAA